AUGAUCAUGUAUGGCCGUUCCCCACAGGAGAUCAAGAUAUUGCAUCAGAAAUACGGCGAGGUAGUCCGUAUCGCUCCCGAUGAGCUUUCCUUCAUCAAUGGCGGUGCUUGGAAGGCCAUCUAUGGUACUCGUAUUGGCCACAGCCAGAAACCGAAGGAUCACCGAUUCUACGCACCGACCGGCAAUGGAGCUGCUAGUAUCAUUCUCUCCAACGAUGCGGAUCACUCUCGCUUCCGUCGCUUGUUGUCACAUGCAUUCUCAGACAGCUCGUUGCGUGAGCAAGAGCCUAUCAUCAAGGGCUAUGUUGACCUUCUAAUGCAGCGUCUGCGUGAGAAUAUUGAAUGUGGGAAUAAUACCGUUGAUAUCGUUGCCUGGUAUAACUUCACGACAUUUGAUAUCAUUGGAGAUUUGGCUUUCGGUGAGCCAUUUGACUGUCUAAAGAAUUCGAAUUAUCAUCAGUGGAUUUCCAUCCUAUUUGGCAAUAUCAAAAUGAGCUCUUAUUCAAACGUCGCUCGGCGUCUUCCUGGAUGGAAGUAUAUUCUUCCAUGGAUCACUCCAAAGCAUAUCAUGUCUCAGAAAAGCUCUCAUCUGGCAUUGACUACGGAAAAAGUCAACAGUCGACUUGGAAAGUCCAAUGAGAGACCUGAUUUCUUCGCUAAUAUCCUGAAGCACAACAAUACCGAGAAGGGCUUCAGUAUCCCGGAGAUGAUCACCAAUGGUAGCACUCUGAUCAUUGCCGGCUCUGAGACUACCGCGACUCUACUUUCUGGGGUGACAUUUCUACUGUUGAGGAACCCUCGCGUGCUUGCAAAGCUCCAGGCUGAAAUCAGGUCCGCGUUUGCGACUGAGGAAGAAGUCACUCUUGAGAACUGCAACAAGCUGGAGUACUGCCUUGCCACGCUUACUGAAGCUUUGAGAUUAUAUCCUCCUGUUGCGGCUGGACUACCACGCAUUGUUGAUGCUCAGGGUGACAUGAUUGCCGGGAAUUGGGUUCCAGGAGGCACCAUCGUCUCCGUCUCUCAUCUAGCUGCUAGCCAUUCGCCUGUCAACUAUACUGAUCCAGAGCAGUUCAUCCCAGAGCGUCACCUGGGUGAUGCUCGCUAUGAAAACGACAGCAAACUUGCUAUGCAGCCGUUCAGCUUCGGUCCUAGAAACUGUAUUGGACGAAACCUUGCAUAUGUUGAAAUGCGCAUCAUUCUCGCUCGUAUGAUCUUCAACUUCGACAUGGAGCUGGAACAGCCAGGACAUAAUUGGCUAGAGCAAGAUUGUUUCCUUCUCUGGGAUAAGCCGUCACUCAUGGUAAAGCUGACUCCCAGAGUCUAG